AUGUCACUCGAAAUCUUGCUGUCUGAUUAUUCGUUUGAGAAAGCGCAUAGAAAUUGGCUGAAGGGGAAGAUGCGAGAGUUUGAAGGGAAAGAUGAUUAUUUCCAUCUUUCAGCUUUUAUAGACUGUCAAUACUUUUCAACAAUAAAGCCGGUCCUGUCACAGGUCAGCCUUAAGAAGGCCCUUAUUGCGUGCAGAUCAGACGUGCUUGAGCUAAGCUCCGAUGGCUAUAAUGUCCGCCGUAAAGCAAAAGGUACUUUGCUACCACAAAACCAGAAUCAAGAUCUCUUUACCGUGUACAUUGAACCAGAUGUCCCCACUAUAAUAUCAAACCCGGGGAGAGUAGCAAGGAUCUUACAUGAAUCGUUUUUGCCCCGAAGAUAUUUUCCUGUUCAAUUUGUGGAAAAUACGCGGAAACCAUGGACUUUUGUGACGCUAUCUUCAAUAAUAACAGAAGAUGAUAUGGCAAAUAAGAAACUAUGGCCCAAAGACUGGAUUGUUUUAACCAAAUCAGAAUGGCAAAAACGCGACUCGGAAUAUCAAGCCCUGUUGAGAGCCCGAGUGCGAGCGGUCACCCUAAGUCGUGAGAAUCUUUCGAACAGGUUCACGUCAAAUGAGAGUAAUAACCAUUUACGACCUGAGAUAGUCAAUUCAGAGUUCCACAAGAUUAUGAAUUCAGAUAAAACCACUUCUCGAGAAGAAAAGGCUUCAAGGCAUAUCUUUUCUAAUGAAUCAAGCUUCGAAAAGGGGUUAAUAGUUCGUCUUUCCAAUUUGCACCCUUCCACAACUAAAAUCAUUAUCGAUUCGUUUAUCACCCGGUCAGUAGAUAGAUACCUUCGAAAGAAGAGAGAAAAGCAGGAAAAAUCAGGCAAUAGCUUGAGCAGUGAAGAUCCUACUCUUCCGCGUAUAAGCUAUAUUGAUUAUGAGAAAGGGUUGGACGAGGCAUACUUAAGGCUAGGGAACCCAGGAGACUCUACAUUGAUUGUCCAAGCGUUGAAAAAACGGAAGAGAAGCAUGAGGAAUGGCGAGGAUACAAAAGGGAAAAAGGGGGAAAGGGCACUCCGCGAAGAAAAUUGGGUCUUAGGAAAGAUCUUAUCGGGAGAGGAAGAACGAAUUUAUUGGGAAAAAGUGCUCUGGAUUAAGGGAAAGAAAGGAAAGGGGAAAUUUGCCCCUCAAGAGUUUAGGACUGGGAAUAAAAGAGCAAGAAUGGACAGCGAAUCAGGCCCUGAAGCUCCAAAGCGCCCCAAAUUCGAUUAA